CCUCCUCCUCCUCCUCUCUGUCGCUACCUUUCACCUCAGUCAAACCCUGAUCUGACGGCGUCGCAGCGCGGACAAACCCCGGGAAAUCAUGGCGUCAGGUGUGACAGUGAACGAUGAGGUCAUCAGAGUCUUCAAUGACAUGAAGGUGAGGAAGUCGUCCACCCAGGACGAGGUGAAGAAGAGGAAGAAGGCCAUUCUGUUCUGUCUCAGCGACGAUAAGAAGAAGAUUAUCGUGGAGGAGGGGAAGGAGAUCCUGGUGGGCGAGAUCGGCGAGACCGUGGACGACCCCUACAUCUCCUUCGUUAAGCUCCUCCCCCCCAACGACUGCAGAUACGGCCUGUACGACGCCACCUACGAGACCAAGGAGUCCAAGAAGGAGGACCUGGUCUUCAUCUUCUGGUAUGAAGUUUGUGAGCGGGGUCAAGGGUCACAGAACAGAUGUCUUAUGUUGUGUAAGAUGAUAUCGGCCCAGUGUUUAUGUGUUUAUUCUGUUUGUGAUCUGUCCGAGUAAACGCGGGUUUAUGUU